AUGGCGUCCCGAAACACCCUUCGUCGCGCCCUGCUCUACAUCCCGGGCUCUUCCCAACGCUUCAUCGACAAGUCCCGCACUCUCACCGCCGAUUGCGUCGCCUACGAUCUCGAAGACAGCGUCACUCCGCACAAGAAAGUCGAAGCGCGGUCCCUGGUGCGGAGAGCCCUCGACCAGCCCGCACCGCAGGGUAUCCGGGAACGCGCCGUCCGCAUCAACUCCGUCGACAGCGGCCUCGCCCUGGGAGAUCUCACCGAGGUGUCACCUAUCCUUGUCAUACAUCGCCUCCCUCCCCUCCCCCUCCCCAUCCAUAAACCCCACACUAACCCGGAGCUCCCGUACGCAGCUCAAAUCCCCCAACCUCACAACCAUCGUCCUCCCAAAAGUCAACUCCCCCUCAGACCUAACCUUCAUCAACGACGUAAUCACUCACACCCUCUCAUCCCAAUCCGCCUCUGCCUCCCCCACCCCCGCCCCCCAAUCUCCAUCCUCGCACUCAUCGAAUCCGCUAAAUCCCUCACCAACCUAACGCAAAUCUGCUCGGCAACACCCCUCCUGCAAGGCCUAAUCUUUGCCGCUGAGGACUUCGCCCUGGACCUGAGCAUCACGCGGACUCCCUCAUUGACAGAAUUCCUGUUCGCGCGGUCGAUGAUCACUACGGCCGCGCGGGCGGCUAAUCUGCCCUCCACGAUUGAUCUGGUCUGUACGGCGUAUAAGUCCACCAGUGGGGACGGGGCGCCGCCGCCGGCGCUGGAGGAGGAGUGUCGCGAUGGGAGAAGGUUGGGUUUUAAUGGGAAGCAGUGUAUUCAUCCGUCGCAGGUGCCGACGGCGCAGGCAAUCUUCGGACCCGAUAAGGAGGAGGUGCAGUGGGCUGUGAGGGUGUGUAUUGCUGAUGAGAAGGCGGCGAGGGCGGGACGGGGGGCGUGGACGUUGGAUGGGAAGAUGAUUGAUGUGCCGGUGGCGGAGAAGGCGAGGGCCGUGGUGAGGAAGGCUGAGGUGUGUGGGUUUGACGUCCAGGGAUUGAGGGAGCAGUGGCGGCAUCAGGAGCCGGAGUAGGUGGGCGUGGAUGUGGGUGCUCUUGGGCUGAGAGUUGGGGUCUGAGAAGAGAUGUGUAUGCGCGGUGGUAUAUACAUAUAUGGCCCAUCCCGCCUGACACGCGGCAAAAGUACAUACAAG